AUGCCGGCCGCGGCUGAACGCGAUGAACGUGGUGCUUCGGGGCUUGAGUCUUCGGUCGAGGGUGCGCUUGCUACUGCCGCUGGCAUAGAUCUGCGCGAGGAGCUUCUGUACCAGCGGCCGCGGAGCCAUUCGACGUCUCCUCCUUCUGCAGAAAGGGCCCUCGACCUGGCCCCCAAGUCCCAGAGUAGACCCUCGUCACCGCAGAUGACCAGGGUCAGCGACCAAUCUUCCCAUCCCCGUCGCCAGUCCAUGGCCCGCUCGACAACUGAGUCCCCCACUGCAGUGCCCCUGCACUUCCGCCGACCACCUACAUCACCUGGUCUGUCUCGGGUUGUGCCCGUUGGGUCUCCUACAGCUGCCACUGGCUCCCCUACUACUUCCCCCAGCCAGACCCGCCACCGCCGUCCGAACUCCCUUGAGUUUAGGAACUCUCGUGAGAUCCGGCCCCUCUGGCUCGUUGAGCGCCACGGGGCGUUGAAGGGUGAUCUCAACGAGCCCGACGAGGUGUUGCCCUCCCUCCCAUCCAGCAAGACCUCAUCCCGCGCCCCAUCCGUCGAAGACUUUCGCACUCUGCACGAUGAAGAUGCCGUGCGGAGCUGGGAGCCGAUCGCACUCAGCCCGUCCUUGAUAGAGCGCCGCGGACCAACUGGCCUGACCAUCUCGACUUCCUGUGCCAAUGAUGAGGGGGGCCUUGAUCUGCUAGACUCGCAGCAGGCCACGCCCACAGCGGAUUAUUUUGCGUCACCGGGUCAUACUAGGAAAGAGAAGCCGACAUAUGAAUUCCACUCUCCGUCGGAACUACUGCACGAUCCGGCUAUGUACCCGGAGAUGCCACCCUCGCCUACCAUGGGGUAUCUUCCUUCCGCCGAGGGGUCAGUAAUUGGUGCUAAGAAUGUUGAUGCUCCUGAGACGCCGACUCAGGAGAAGGAGUCCUUCCUGGGUAUCUCUGAUGCUGCUACGGGUAUUGGGUUCGCGGGCAUUGUUGACGCUGCAGCCAUUGCUGCAGCCAAGAAGCAUAAGCAGCCCGUUGCUUCUGAGAAGGAUGUCCCCGAGUCAUCUGCGGUGCCAAAGGACGAGAGCUCUACUCUUUUUACCGAUAGAUUGUUCUCAGUCGAGUCUGGCCCUCGGGAUUCCGCUGCGCCGGCUCCCAAGAUCGGUGACUUUGCUGACCUUGUCAAUGCUGCUGUCGCCGCCGAGGUUGCGCAUGAUAAGGCCCCUGCUGAAGAAGACCUCGGGGAGCCUGGUACAGCCAUAGAAGAGCAUGCUCCCAUGGAGCUUGAUGCUGUGCCCGCAGUCGAGCCAGAGGCAACCAAGGAGAGGGUGCCUGAGCCUGCAGACAACCCCGCCGAGCCCGUUGACCCCGUGCCAACAGAGAAGCCUGUUACCGAGGAGGUUGCGACUUCAUCGUCCACCAAGAAGAAAAAGAAAAAGAAGGGGAAGAAGGGUCAGGCUAGUGUUGAUUCGACAUCCUCUGAACCCGCGGAUGUUCCCCAAGACCAGUCUCCCGGUAAUAUUGCCGCUGGGGAGCAGACUCCUGCUGCUGAAGCGUCUCAAUCCCAAUCUCGAUCUGUCGAGACUGAAGGUGCUCCGGCUGCUGUUGAACAAGAUGUCGCUGUUGAGCCCCAGCCGCAAGCUGACUCCGCGGAGGUUUCCAGGGAAAUUGAACCGGAGACUGUGCCCGUUUUUGCCGCUGGAUCUGCCGAGGCCGAGGAAAUUCUGACUGCUCCAGAGGCUCAGCACGAGUCCGCCCCCGAGCCUGUCAUCGCGGCAACUGAGCCCGAAGCUUCCAUGACAGCAGCUGAGAGGCGAAAAGCUAAGAAGGCGGCAAAGAAGAAGGCGAAAAACCUUUCUAUCUCGGAGUCCGUGGAAGAUGUGACAGAGAAUGCGGCACCCACCCAGCCUUCAGACGAGACAGUUUUGCAUGAAGAGAACGCCCCAGAAGCCGACGCCGGUACUGCAGUUGAAACUGAAGAGCAGGAUGUAUUGCAGGAUACUAAUGCACAUGGGUUCCCUGAACCAGCUGAGCAAGGCAUCCCAAAUCUCCCAGAAUGCCAGGAGAUUGAGGAGACUGUAGAGCAGACUCCGGCUGAAGAGGCAUCCAUGAUCGUCGAAGACCUGAAUAAGCCGAUUGAUGAAUCAGUCUCAGUCCCGACAUCGGAUACCCGCGAAAUCGACUUGUCGGAGUCCGUCGCGACAGAGAUCGUGGAAAAGACUCAGCCAGAUCAAGACCCUGCUCAACCAGAGGAGACUGUUACGCCUGCAACGGCCGUCGACGAUGAUGCUGCUGUACUAGAAAAGCCCGCUGAGAGCGAUGAUGAUCUCUUCCACGAAGCCGUCGCAGAACAACCCGAUGUCUCCGAUCAAAAGAAAGACCUUCAAGCAGAGGCCCCAGCUGAGCCUGACCAGACCAAACCAGAUGAGACUUCUCUGACUUCAGAGAAGUCAAAGAAAAAGAGCAAGAAGGACAAAAAGAAGCGCAAAUCCGUUUCCUUCGAGGAUUCUGCCAUUCCCUCUGAAUCUGUGGCCGAAUUCCAGCCUGAAGAAAGUCUCAAGGAAGAGGAACCCGACCAGUCUGCUCCCACUGUUGAGGCUGAGCCUGAGGCUUUUGAUGCUCAAGCCCCUCUGACUGGCGAUGAGACGCAGCCAUCUGUGCUUGGCCAGCCCGCCAAGGAUCAGUCUGAAUCUCCCGCUGAGGAAGCUGUCCCAGCGGCAGAAUCUACACCGUCUGAUGGUGCUGAGCCAGUAUCUGCCAUUGAGACUGCUGAGUCCACUCGGGAGUUGUUAGAGGAGCCCGCCGCCGAAGCUGAAGCCGAACUUGAGCCUGAGAUCGUUAUGACUGCUGCGCAGAAGAAGAAGGCUAAGAAAGAUAAGAAGAAGAAGUCUAAGCAGCAGAGUGUGUCUUCGAUUCCUGAGGAGGAGAAGCCUGUCGAGCCCCAGUCUGCCGAGUCUCAGCCCGCCGAAGACGCCCAAACAACCCCCGAGGUUGCCGAAAGCGUUGAGCCUGCCCUGGAAGUUACUGAGACUACGGAGACUGUGGAAACUUCUGGACCUGCUGAGAGUUUUGAGCCUGCUGAGAUCGCCCAACCCAUCGAAAUGCCUCAGCCCGCUCCCGAGGUUCAAGCCGAGACCGCUGAAACAGCCAAAGAAAUCCCUUUGGUUCCCGCCGAGCCACCAGCGGAUGUCGCGGCUCUAGAUGAAAAGCAGGAUGAGCCAGUCGCAGUCGAGCAGCUCAAGGAAGAUGAAGCUGUUCCUGUCUCCGAGACGGAAGUCGUUCGAGAAGUACCCGUCGAAACGACCGAUGCAGAUAAGCCUCAACAGGAGCCCACAGUGCUCGAAGAUGACCCCAAGCCGGAGGAAGCCCCUGCUGAGCCUGAAGUCCCCAUGACACCAGCGCAGAAGCGAAAGGCCAAGAAAGCCAAGAAGCAGCAGCAGCAGCAGCAGCAACAGGAAAACAUUACCUCUGUUUUUGAAGAGACACGGGCUGCUGAGACUGUGUCCCCGGCCGAGAUUGAGGCUGCUGAUGCCAGCAAGGAGGUUCAGGAUGCUCCAGAAGUGGAGAGCACAGCUGUGGAAGGCAUACCAGCCUCUGUUCCCGGAGUUGUGCCGGGCAGCGGGGACACUGAUGCCGAUGAAGUCCAUGCCGUGGAACCGGAAUUAGGAGUUCCAGCAGAGACUCCAGCAGAGACUCCAGUAGACAUCGAAGCUGUUGAGCCCGCUGGAGAGGUUCCGCCUGCCCCCGACGAAGUCCACACCUCAGUUGAAGCUCCUCAAGAGGAAGAGAAGGAGAACAUAACUCUUGAGACCGAUCAGCUCAAGGAAGAGGAUCCAGCUCAGUUGCCCGUUGCUGAACCGCUCGCUGCCGCCGAACAAGAGACUCCACAGGGAGAUUCCGAAGCCCCCACAACUGAAUCGGAAGUCCCAAUGACUGCUGCUCAGAAGAAGAAGGCAAAGAAGGAAAAGAAAAAGCAACAAAAGCGGCAGUCUACGCAGUUGGAUGGGGAGCCCACUCCCGAGGCAGAGCCUGCACCCACGGAGGAAAGGGGUGUUGAGCAGACUACGGAAAUGACUCCUGAUGUUUCCGUUCCGGCAGGGACCAAGGCUCUCGAUGAUGCCGCGCUCACAGCAGCUACUUCGAUAAACGCAGAGAAUGACGACCAGCCCGAAGCUAGGCCAGAUGUCGAGGAAACUCCGACUUCUGCCGAUGUUGAGAUGGGAGUGCCUAUGGGGCCAUCCCCGGAUGAUGCGGUUGCUACUACUACCGAACCCACCACCUCGCCCUCUGCCAAUUUCCCAGCUAUGCUUGAAGAGACUGUUCCUGAGACUACACCUCUUGAGGCCACCGGAAUCAAAAGCACUGAAGAGGAGUUAAAUGAGCCAACAGCUGAGAAGUCUCUGGAUGAGACUGCUGUGGAUGACCAAGUCAUUUCUGACCAGCGCGACAAAGAGUCGGUCACCCCUGUCAAUCCUACAGUGGAGUCUACUGCAGCCGAAGAGUCAACAACCACUCCCACUCCUGAUAAGACAUCGGCUCAACAGUCCGAAGAGGUUGAGCCGACUACUCCAUUGGCAAAGAAGGACAAGAAGAAGAAAAAGAAGAAGAACAAGUCCUUGUGCCUUGAGGAGGAGUCACAGUCUGAACCUGUCUGGGAGGAAGAGCCAGCUAAGGCUGCCGAAGCUGCUGAGCCAAGUCUCGUGGAACCCGUCUCUGCUGAGAAUGUUGAAUCAUUAGCCCCGAUUGAGGAGCCUGAGCCAGCUACUGUGAUCGCAGAGUCUCAGGUCAUCAACCAACCAGCAUCAGAAGGGAACGUCAAAGAAGAGAUUACUCCCGACCUGCCUAGCAUCGAGGCUGCUGAAGAGUCUUCCCAGCCAGCAUCAGAAGGGAAUGUCAGAGAAGAGAUUACCCCCGACAUGCCUAGCAUCGAGGCUGCUGAACAACCCGCCCAGCCAGCUGAAUCUGAAGUGCCUAUGACACCUGCGCAGAAGCGAAAAGCCAAGAAGGACAAGAAGAAGCGCAAGUCUGUCGCUUUUGAUGGAGACGAGUCUGCUGCUCAGACGGAGUCCCAGCCUGAGCAAGAACAAAAUCCUGCAGUCGAAGCUGUCGAGUCCAAGGACAUCACUCCUGAGCAAUCCGCUCUUAGUGAAGAAUUGAGCGAGGCCUCCAAGGAUAUCCAGCAAACUGCUGAAGAUACCGCCCACGAAGCUGUCUCCGAGGUUGAGACUCCUGCAGUGGACUUAGUUGAAGCUACCACUGAGCAAGCUCCCGACACAGCCAUUGAGCACACCGAAGCAGCUGAGAACCUAACGCAGGCUAUUCCCUCAGAGAACCCACCAGACCAAGAGCCCAAGGAGCCAGAACUCGAGUCUUUAAUUCCUGCCCAAGCUGAAGAACAGCCCGAGUCCCCCGUUGGGACCGGAGUUCCCUCUGGUGAAAAAACUGACGUUUCCGAGGAGGCUUCAACUGAAUCUGCUGAAGCCACCGAGCAAACCGCCGAGGGAGGCUUGUCAGCUAAGGAGCGCCGGAAGCUGAAGACAAAGGAGAAGAAGAAGUCUAAGUCAGUGGACUUGACUGAAGAAUCUCCUUCUCCUAUAGAUGCGUCAGAAGAACUUGAAAAUCCGGCCGAGCCUUUAACCGAAACCUCUAAGGAGGCUGAACCUGAGACAUCCAAGAUCGAGGAGACUGAAGUUGCUAUCCCGGCAGAUUUGGAUGCUUCCAUGAUCGAGACGACGGAUGUUCCAAAGUCAGCGGAUGAACCAGUCAUCGAACUACAUACUGCCGAGUCUCAGGAAGUUCCCGAAGAAACUGUCGAGGGCGAGGACACCAAGGUUCUCGAAACCACCGGACCUUCCGAGCCGGAGAGAAUCGUCGACUCUGAGCAGACCGCUGCGCAGGAAAUCCCAGAGCCCCAGGAAUUAAACGUUAAAGUGCCAAUCACUGAGACAACUGCCGACUUAGGGUCUCAUCUGCCGGAGGCAGAAUCAACACCCGAGCAGGCCGCAGAGCCAGCAGCUGAGGCAGGGCUGUCCGCCAAGGAGAGACGCAAGCUCAAGAAGAAGGAAAAGAAGCGUCAAUCCAAAAACAUCGACGCCGAUGAAUAUGCAGCCGCCGAUGCUGCUGCCGAAUCCGAGCCCGCUUCCCAAGAGCCCGAGCAAUUUGUGCCAACCGAGUUCGACACCGGGGAGCUCUCUGUACCCGUAACGGCAACCUCGCCUGCGGAGAAUGACGAGCAGCCGCAGUUAGAGAGUCGUUCUUCAGAUUGUCCUCCCCAGCCCGUGCUUGAGCGUGAUUUUGAUUCCGGUACAGUGAGUGGCGAUGUGUUGGAAGAAGAGGAUGUUGUGCCAGCUCUGGAGCAGUCGGAGGUGCAGAGUAUUGGGGGAGAAAAGACUCAUGGUGAUGUCGUUGAUGAGGAAGACGCGGAGAAGAAAGGUGGGAUUGGUUUAGACUUUGAGCCUGUACAAGAGGAGGAACAGUUUUCCAAAAUCGAUGGGCCUGUCGCCAAGGAGAGGAUUUCAGAGUCGAAUAUUGAGGAUGUGACCGAGAUGGAGUCAGUACAAGAGUCCCUUGCGGAACCAUCCGUCGAGACUGCUGCAGAUGUCACUCCCGUGACUGAGCAAGAGCCCGUUACGGAGGACAUUGAACAGCCAGUCUUGUCCAAGAAGCAAAAGAAGGAGAAAAAGAAGAAGCAAAAGCAAGAACAUACGACCGAGGGGGAAGUUGUCGCCCCCCAGCCUGAGUCGUUAGCCGCAGAACAGGAGGAACAUCCGCAGGUUGUACCCGAGCUCGCGGAGGAGACUGAUAUCAAGCCAACUACCGAGCCUGAACCGACUACUGAGCAGGAGCCGGCACCAAAUGUCGAUGAGACUGCGGCAGAACAAUCCCGGGAUGUCAAUCUCCAUGUGGGUGCCCCUCGACCGUCCGAGGAUAUUGAAUUUUCUGAGGCCGUCAAACCUGCCAACGAGGAGACAACUGCUCCCGAGGCCGAGCAAUCGGAUGAAGCGCCACUGUCCAGAAAGUUGAGCAAGAAGCAAAAGAAAAAGCAGCGUCAAGCUCUUCUUACACAGCCAACUGAAGCAGAAGCCGAAGCCGUUUCCGAAGAGCAAGCAGCUUUCAACAUAGUCGCCCCCAAGACCCCUGCUCCUCUUUCCACAGCUUCAGAUGCCCCUGUGCUUACAGACAAGCAAGAAGACACCCAGCCAAUUGACACAAGCGAUUCCCCGGCUCACCCUGCUGAUCUUCUUGAGGACGUCGCAAAGGAGACAGAACAAAUCUCAGCUGAAGAUGAACAGCUGAUCGCAACCGAAGCAGUGGAGCUGACAGAGCCCACGGUUGAGCCAAUUUCAGAAGAGGUCAAGACAGAUGAGGCUGAGCCACGCUCAGAUCUUACAGAUCCCACAGUCGAUGCUCCUCCUGCUGAUUCUUUUACUGAGCCGGUACCCACUGAGUCUACAGCGGAGGAUGAGAACGAGUGGCCUACGGUGUCAAAAAAGAUGAGCAAGAAAGAGAAGAAGAAGGCUGCUGCUGCUGCUGCGGCCGCAGCCGCAGCCGCAGCGAUUGCGGUCGAAGAAGAGAGGUCUAUUGAACCAAAGCUCACAGUCGAAGACCCGUCUCCUACCCCCAAGGAAGCAGUCGAGACCUCAGAAGAACAAUUCGCUCUCGAUGAUACCCAGCAGACUCCUGAGAUCGUUCGUGAGGCGCCGCAAGAACUCAUUGAGAACGAUCUCAAGGGCCUCCCUCCAGUGACUUCCGAGCCUAUUGAAGACGUCACCGGAAAGCUUGCUGAAGAGGUUGAGCAUCCCAUGGAGACUACGGUGGAAGAGCCCAAGCAUGAGGAAGGAGUAGAGGAGCUACCUGCUGAGGAGCCUAUCACCCGAAAGCUCUCCAAGAAGGAGAAGCGAAAGGACAAGAAGCAGGCCCAGCAGGAGCCCAUUGAUGAUUCUGCGACACCUAUCGAGAGUCCAGCUGAGAUCGUCGCUGCACCCGAGCCAGAGCUCGCUGCUGCCAUAGAGCUCACCUCUCCCGAAGAGUCAAGGGAAACCAUUCCCGAGGCUGAGCCUGCCAUUCAGGAGGAGACUAUAGCUGAAGUGAUUUCCCAACCCACGCAACUGCCCUGGGAAAUCGAUGAGCCUCAGCCUGAGGAGACGAAGGAAAUUGAGAAGAGCGAGCCCUUUAUCUCUGUGGACUCAUUCGAUGCUCCAUCACCCACUGAAGCCAAGGAGGAAAAUGCUCCUGCUGGACUUGCAGACCAAGCCGAGGCGGAGACUCACAGCGAAGCUCCCGAGAAUAAAGCCGAUUUCGAGAUUGCUGAUGAUCUACUCAAAGACCAUCUUCGUGAGCCCGAGGUGAUGGCACCAUUUUCCAAGAAGUUAUUGGGAAAGGAAAAGCGGAAGGCCAAGAAGAAGGGGAUUAUGGAAGACCGGCCCAUGGAGGAGGAAGAUCAGGUCGCUUCCGAGGCUACUCCAGUUGAGUCUCACGAUUCUGAAUUGCCAAUGCCUGCACCUGUGGAAUCUGAGCCUGUUCCGCCCCUAGUGGAGCUUAAGUCGACCAAGGAAUUGGACAUGGAGACUGAAACAGCCAAGGAGACUGAGCCUGCUAUUGAAUCUCAGCCUGCCUACAAGCCGGAAGCGGCUCCUGAAUUCACUCCAAUUGUCCCAGAAACCGCCACAGAGGAGCCAGAUCCAGAACCGGAGACUACGAUCUCACGGAAAGCUUCGAAGAAAAAGGCCAAGAAAGCGAAGAAAGCUAGUCAAGCUUUGGAGCUGGCGUCCCCUGCCGACAACACAACCGAACAACAAGAACCUGAGUUAUCUCUCGAGCCGGAAACGACAGUCAAGGAUCUCUCUCGUCCAACUAUGCAAGAGAGGAAACGUGAAGAGGAUGACUGGCCCACGAUUGAAUGGGAGGAUGGUAAAUCUCACAAUAAGCAUGAGCUAUCCCAAGACAGAAUUGCCGAGCCCGACCCAAUACCCUCUGUUCCAGAGUCUGAAACUAUUGGAGAGUUCGAUGAGUCUGCCAUUCCAUCCGCAUUACAAGAGGCCAAGGAGUUGGAGCAGCCGGUCGAGGAAGUGGUAGAAACUUGGUCUGCGCCACCGAGCAAGAAAGACAAGAAAAAGGCCAAGAAGAACAAGAGAAAGUCGGAGCAAGCAGCCCUGGCAGGAUUCGGUGAGCCUGAUGAGGAGCCGUCUCACAAGAAAAUCGAGCUGGUGCAUGAUUCCCAGCCCGAACCCCCUGUGGAAGGCCCUGAUCCGGCUGCCAAGGAGAUUGCGAGUGAGCCUCCCGUCCGAACUACAACCCCUGGUGGCUCCAAAAUUGCGAGCCUGUUUCCCGGGUUGGAACGUGGAGGUUUUCGGCGAACAGCCGUGGACAAGAGCUCACCGUCGCUAAAAGAUAGUGCUGAGGAAGAGAACGCAGUGGACUUGGAAGCAAAUCGUGGCAUCGCGAUCCCCGUCUCGGAAGCACCCCUAGCGACCCUCGAAACCCGAGAAAUCCCCAAUCUUCGCCCCGAGCUACCUACAGAGGGCAAGAGAGAGGUGGUGCCUACGACCAUCGAACAUGGGGUCCCAGCGGAGGAUAGCCGUUCGCAAGAUGAGUCGCCUAUCGACCCCGAUCUCCCGAUCCAUCGUGAGCGUUCUAUUGCGGAGCAGUUCCCAUCGCCAGAACACGCUGCCUCCAAGGAGCGAUCCUCCAUGCUUUUCGGCUCGUCCCCGUCUACGCGCACCGAAGAGGCUUCUUCGCCCCGGCACCUGCUGCCUUCUCAGAUGGAGACCCCCAAUGAUUCCUCGUGUGGAUUACGCCGAGCCCCCUCCGUGAUUCACGGGCGGCAUCAACAUACCCCCCGGACGUGGAACUUGGAUGAAGCACCUAUCCCAGCCCAAGCCCCGUCGCCGCCUCGCUCCCUUUUUGGCGGACCAUUUAGUGAGCAUGAGCCGCAUCCCCGACCCCGGACUCCGCUAGAUACUAUUGCGGAGCAGGAGCCGGGGGACGGCAACCAUGCGACCACGGCUCAUCGCGGUACUCCCCGUCUAGAGGUCAAGCCAGAGCACGUCUUGCCACGACCUCAUACUCCCGUGCGGAAGUUUACAGACAAUGCCAUGGCGCGGGAAGGAUGGCCGACACCGGAAAAUGACCGAACGGGACGCAGCCAGGAUGACCUUCCAAAAUCCAGCGGCGAGUCGGCCUCGCCCAUGACCAAAUCGCCCGAGCAGGGAAUGCCUGUGUUGAAGCCCAGCGGCAGCAAGGGCAAACUGCGUCGCACGAAUCGCAGCACAAGCAGCGAUCUGCGGGGCGCUAGCAAAGCGCUAGACUCCUCCCAGCCUCCCCCCAACCUCGAUCUCGAUCAGCUUCCCUCUUCUUCCUCUUACGACCCCAUCACCGACAAGGGCAAGCGUCCCCUUCGAAACAUGUCGGAUGUUUAUGGAUGGGGUGAGACGCCCAGCUCCCCGCGGUCGCCCAGCCGACCGCCUAGCGUCCGCCGCCGCCAGAGCAUGCAAUACCUUCAAGAUAUGGAGGUUCGCCUCGAUCAACUCAUCUCAGAGAACCGCCUGCUAAUUUCCGCUCGCGAUGAGGCCGAGGACAAAUUGCGCAAUGCCAGCGUCGCUCGCCGAAAGAGCGACCGGGCCCUCAACACCAGCGGUGCCGACUUGCGGGACAAGGAAGCCGAGGUGGAACAACUGAAGAGCUCGGUGGAGUGGUUGCAGCGAGAAAUGGGGCGUCUGACCCAGGAGAACGAGGGGUUGACGGCGUCCAAUGCUGCCCUCGCUGCUGCCCAUGCUGCCGAAGUCCACACCGUGCGCGAGUCGUCCACAAGAGAACUGGAUGACUUGCGGUCGCAACACGCCGAGCUGUCCACUCAGUUGGAUGACCGUGUGCGACAAGAGAUUGAGGAGGCCCUUGCCCAGAAAGACGCCGAAUUGCGUCGGUUGCGGGAAGAGCUGGAGGAGGCCCGCGACAAGGUGAAGGAGCUGCAACAACAGAUCACUUCGUCGCUUCAAGACAACACCCUCGUCUUCCGGGACGAGGAUUACUUUGAUGCUGCCUGUCAAAAGCUGUGUGGUCACGUCCAACAGUGGGUGCUGCGCUUCUCGAAGCACUCUGACAACCGUCGCUGCCGUGCUCUGAGUGAGCUGAAUGAUGAGAAGCUUGCCGAUCGCUUCGACAAUGCCCUUCUUGACGGCUCCGAUGCUGAAUCUUACCUCGCUGAUCGUGUUCGCCGACGUGAUGUAUUUAUGUCGGUGGUCAUGACCAUGGUAUGGGAAUACAUCUUCACCCGCUACCUUUUCGGCAUGGACCGCGAACAACGCCAGAAACUCAAAUCUCUUGAAAAACAACUCGGCGAGGUUGGUCCUCGUCGCGCAGUCCACCGCUGGCGUGCAACCACCUUGACCCUGCUGUCCAAGCGCCCGGCCUUCACGUCUCAGCGCAAUAGCGACACCGAAGCUGUCACCCUGGAGAUCUUCGGCACAUUGUCUCGUGUGCUUCCUCCUCCGUCACAGGUGGAAGCCCAGCUCCUCGAGUCCUUGCGCAAAGUGCUGCGUGUCGCUGUUAAUCUAUCCUUGGAGAUGCGCACCCAACUGGCUGAGUUCAUUAUGCUACCCCCUCUUCAGCCCGAAUACGACGUCAACGGCGACCUAGCCCGCCAAGUGUACUUCAACGCGUCGUUGAUGAACGAGCGCAGUGGCGAAACCACCUCGAACGACGAGCUGGAGUCCCAGCAAGCCGUCGUGCGCAUCGUGCUUUUCCCCUUAGUCGUCAAGAAGGGCAACGACGUCGGUGAAGGCGACGACGAAGUCGUUGUCUGCCCGGCCCAGGUCCUUGUGGCCCGGCCCGGCAAAGACAAGCGUGUCUCCAAGAUGGUGAGUGGUGACCGCAUGUCCCUGGAUGCCCGAUCGAUGCAUAGUGUUGCACCGAGCGUGGCGCCUCCCUCCGUGAUGGACAUGAGCAAUGUGAUUUGA